AACCAGAGGUUCCCAGACCGUCUAGAAAGCCAUAUCUUGCAAGAUAAUACAACAAAAAUAAUAAAAUAAACGUCUUGGUUGGAGUCUUUUUGUGAAUCCACAGUCACAUUUUCUUUUCUGAUAUACAUGGUGAAAGCAAUGAAAGAGAGAUACAAGGCCGUUACUUUCCAACUUCGAGAGUGCACCAAAGCAGUCUCCGUCGAUUAAUAUCCAAUUUGGGCGGCACCUAUUGUUGUUUUCAUUUGGAGUGAAAUUAUAUUAUAUUUUCUCUGAAUACAAAGCAAAGUUUAACGGGUAAUCUUUGGAUCCAGGUUCUAUACAUAAAUUAUGAUAGUAAAAUAUCCAUGCCAAAGAAGAUGAAAGGUGACACGGUGUGUGUAACAGGUGCUUCAGGAUUUAUAGCCUCAUGGCUUGUUAUGAGGCUUAUCGAACGAGGCUACUUUAUCAGAGCAACAGUUCGCAAUCCUGGGAACAUUGACAAGGUAAAGCAUCUAUUUAAUUUGCCAAAUGCUAGCACUCACCUCAGCCUCUGGAAAGCAGAUCUGGUUGACGAAGGAAGUUUUGAUGAAGUAAUUCAAGGCUGCACUGGAGUCUUCCACGUGGCUACUCCUGCGGACUUGUUGUCGUCUGACGAUCAUGAGAAUGGAAUUAUAAAGCCAACUAUAAAUGGAGUUUUAAACAUUAUGAGAUCUUGCGUAAAGGGGAAGACUGUCAGGCGGUUCAUUUACACAUCUUCCACAUCAACCAUUACUAUCCAAUCAGAAUCUCCUCUGAAACAGUAUGAUGAGAGCUGUUGGACUGAUGCUGAUUUUUGCUAUGCUCAAAAGAUGCCUAUAUGGUCUUAUUAUGUUGCAAAAACGAAGGCUGAGAGAGCAGCAUGGGAAUUCACCAAAGAAAAUGGUUUAAAUCUCAUAACAGUUCAUCCAUCUGCAGUAAUUGGUCCAUUUCUUACCUCUUCAUUGCCCCCUCAGCGUAGAAUUUGCAAUUCAUAUACCACGGGAAAUAAAGCUCUUUACAAAUUAAUGACUAUGGGACAUGCAGUGCAUUUAGAAGAUGUAUGCGAUGCUCGUAUAUUCCUGUUUGAACAUCCAGAAGCUCAUGGACGAUACAUUUGCUCUAACCAUGACUUUAUCAUCUUUGAUCUCGUAAAAUCACUUGGCCAGAAGUAUCCAGAGUGCAAUAUUCCUACCGAAUUUGAGGGAGUUGAGGAAUCUCUGAAAGUUGUUCCUUGUUCUUCGAAGAAAUCGAUGGAUUUAGGAUUCAAAUUCAGAUAUGAUUCCGCUGAAUAUAAUAUGGGGGAUUUAUGCGCAGAAGUUGUUGAAUUCUGCAGACGGAAGGGUGUUUUGCCAUAGGAAUAGUGAAAAUAAGCUCAUAUUGCAGACAGCAAAGAUUAGAAUUUAGAAGAAAACAAAGACAAGAGUGACUAUUUCUUCAGAUUUUAUCAUCACUUUCUAUUUUCAUUUGUUAAUUUAUUUGUAACUAAUAGAGUUUUGAACUUCGAUUA